AUGCGGGUCGGCCAGGGCUCCCUAUUAAAGGAGGUGUUGAAGAACUUCGUUGUCGACAAGUUCAACGGCAACAACUACGACGAUUGGGCGUGGAAAAUGCAGCUGUAUUUUCGGCAAGUCGGCUUGUUGAAGCUGAUGACGGGCGAGGAGAAGAGGCCGGACGACGCUAACCUAUCGCACGUGAUGCAUCUGCUGGAAAUGGAGGAUUGUGGACCACGAGCUUGGAAGGUGUUAAAGGAGCUGCACGCGCCAACCUCGGUGGUUACAACGCUCAUGCUGGAGCGUAAGUUGGCGGCAUUGCGCCUGAGUGAGGGGGAGCCGAUUCAACCGGUUCUCGACAAGAUGCGGGAGCUGUACGCGAAAUUGCAGAUUGCGGGCAUCACCUACCCGGAGCAAACAAAGUGUCUACGAAUGCUAUCACUGCUGCCCGAGUCAUGGCUGCAAUUCACGAGUGGCCUAAGCCUUCCUCAGAAUGAGAAGUUCUGGACCCUUGAGUGGGUGCGAACCAAGGUCUUGGAGGAGGACUUCAGGAGGAGGCAGCUGAACUACAACCAAGACGGCGAUGGCGGCUAUGGCAUGCAAGGUAGUAGAUGGCGCAAGGGGAAUGACCGGGGACGUGGUGAACGAAGACAUCAUGGAAGCGGACGAGACAACAAGAAGCCGAGCAGCAGGAGUGAUGAUGAAGAAGAGGCUACUAACGAGAAUGACGAGAGUGGCUACCGCGGAUUCAAGGGCACCUGCUGGUAUUGCAAGAAGCCGGGACAUACUUGGGUGAAGUGCUGGAAGCGGCCCAAGUGGUGGACUCCCGAGCAUGAGGAUGGCGAGAAGAACCAACCUCAUGGCGUUGGUUAUGUAGCAGAGACCGCAAAUGAACGGGAAGACGGUUAUGAGCGUGCUCCUGGACAGUUCUUCCACGUGCAAGGGAGUAGGGGAAAUGAGAAGGCGUCUGCCAAGGAGGGAGCAGAGCCUCAUCCCCUCAACACAUGGAUCCUAGACUCCGGAGCAGCUUAUCAUAUGACCCCAAGGGCGGACCUGCUAGACAAAAUUGGUGUGGCGAGCAUCAAUGAGAUGAAUUCAGGGAGCGGGCACAAGAUGAGAGUGAUGGGCGUCGGCAAAGCAGCCUUCAAGGGAGCUGAUGGGAAGCCGGUCGUCCUAGAAGAUGUGCUUUUGGUGCCGGAGCUGAAAGGGAAUCUGAUUUCCCUUAGGAAGAUGGGGCUUGCAGGCGUGUGUACAGCAACUAAUGGAGCUGAAACCUUCAAGGGGCAGCUCGGUGACCGUGUGCUGUGGGACCUGCAUGAGGCCAAGGAUCUUCGUGAUGAGCUGUGGCAAGUGCCGGUGGUUCCAUGGAGUGAGGUGGCACCUGAGAAGGAGAAGGGGAGUUGCGGCUGCAAGGGAGAAUGUGCUGCGGCGGCUGCUGGGACGAUUAAGGAGCUGAAAACCACUGUGGAGCUGCUAGUGCAGGAGUUGCACCAAGUCAAAGCUCGACUGGCAGCAGCUGAAAAGAAAGGUGCAUCCGGUGCUGAUAGGAAGACGGGUGCAGAAUCCAGGGGGAGUGAAGUGAAAGGCGCUGCUGUGAACAAGGAGAAGGGAGUUCACAAGAGUGAUACUCGUGAGCAGCAAAAAUGUGAGGUCUCGGUGCAGCUGAAGGAUGCAGCUAUGAAGGAGAAAAUAAUGGAGCUGAAUGUGACAAGUAUUGCAGAUGAUGGGACUCUGGUGAUGGGGGAACCUGAGGUGAAGCGGACCUUGCAGGAAGCGGAAAUUACCUUGGGUGGUAACGGUACUACCUAUGUGAAGCUGCAAGCAACCAAUGACAUUGGAGCUGAAAGUGUGGGGGAGCAUAAGAUUACCUUCCCUAAAACUAGAGUCGGGAUCGGCAACAUAGCAGAGCCGGUCGACAUUGAGGAGAUGGUAGAGGGAGUUGAAUAG